GGAAAAAGGUCCGUCCACAGGAGCACAAAGCACCACUAGUACAAUAUCGCUCGGAGAGAGUUUAAACUGUUGUUUUAUCCUCUCUUUUCAAAAAGGAUUUACAGUUUAUGUGAAAUAAGGAACAAGCAUUAAGGAGCAAGACAUAGCGCUUCAGAAAGGCGGCACGGAUAGUGUGUAUCCGUGGUAAGAUGGCUGUCUCCACUCAGUUGGGUUUACUGUUGUGGAAGAACUUUACCUACAGACGGAGACAGACUAUUCAGCUGCUGGUCGAGAUCAUAUGGCCACUUUUCAUCUUUUUCAUCUUGAUAUCUGUCAGACUCUACUAUCCGCCAUACGAGCAACAUGAAUGCCACUUUCCCAACAAAGCGAUGCCCUCCGCAGGGACUUUACCAUGGCUUCAGGGCAUCAUCUGCAAUGCCAACAACCCCUGCUUUCGCUACCCGACUCCAGGAGAGACGCCUGGGGUUGUGGGCAACUUCAAUGACUCCAUCAUCUCCCGACUGUUCACCGAUGCCAAGAAAAUCCUCCUCUACAGCCAACAAGACAAGAGCUUCGAAGGUUUCAAAGGACUCGUUCGAGCCUUGAGAAAACUGCAGAGAAACACUGAAGGUUUCAAACUGAAGGACUUCCUCCAUGAUAAUGAAACGCUGUCUGCCUUUCUGGAGAAAAAUGCCACCCUGCCCAAGCAUGCAGUGAGACAGAUAGUGGAGGCCAACGUCAACUUGGAGAAGGUGCUUAUCAAAGGCUUCGGCGUUCAUCUUACAGACCUGUGCAAUUCCACGUCUCUGGAAGAGUUUGUGACUAUAGCCGAUAAAGAGGUGUCUCAGCUGACGCAAAACAUCAUCUGUCAGUCACCCGCUGAUUGGCUGAACAACGCAGAGCAUCACUUCCUGUCCAAUCUGGACUUCCUGAAGCCGAUUCGGAAAGAUGUCAAGUCGGACCCAAAGAUCAUCAAAGAUGUGUCCAUUGCUACAGACAGUCUGCUGGAGAGUCUGGGGGCUUUGGCAGUGGAGUUGGCGAGUAUGAAGAGCUGGCGCGACAUGCGAAAUGAGAUCCUCUACCUGACGGGCAACAGCACGCAGUCUCCGAACCACAUGUAUCAAGCCGUGUCCCGCAUCGUCUGCGGCCAUCCGGAGGGCGGCGGAUUGAAAAUCAAGUCUCUCAACUGGUUUGAGGACAACAACUAUAAGGCCCUGUUUGGAAACAACGGCAACGACAGCGACAGCGAACCCGCAUCUGUUUACGACAACUCUUCAACACCGUACUGCAACAACCUGAUGAAGGGUCUUGAGUCAAGUCCCAUUUCCCGCAUGAUCUGGAGGGCCCUGAAGCCGCUGCUCAUGGGAAAGAUCUUGUACACACCAGACACUCCGGCCACACAGAGGAUCAUACAUGAGGUCAAUAAGACGUUUCAGGAGCUUGGUGUACUUCGCGACCUCGGCGGCAUGUGGGAAGAAAUGAGACCCAAAAUCUGGAACUUCAUGGAGAACAGUGAGGAGAUGGACCUCGUCCGGACACUACUCCAGAAUAACGCCAGCGCUCGUUUCUUCAAUGCUAAGCUGAGUGGGACAGAGUGGCGUGUGGAGGAUGUGUCCCGCUUCUUGUCCAAGUCUUCAGAGGACACUCGUCCACAGGGGACAGCGUACACAUGGAGAGAAGUAUUCAACGAGACCGACCAGGCCAUACAGACCAUCUCACGCUUCAUGGAGUGUGUGAACUUGGAUAAGUUGGAGCCGGUGGCGAACGAGGAGCGUCUGGUCAAUAAAUCCAUGCGUCUGCUGGAUGACCGCAAGUUUUGGGCAGGAAUCGUGUUUCCCGACAUGCAGUCCAACACGUCUGAUCUGCCACUCAACGUCAACUACAAGAUCCGCAUGGACAUCGAUAAUGUGGAGCGAACUAAUAAGAUCAAGGACGGAUAUUGGGAUCCAGGUCCUCGAGCUGACCCAUUUGAGGACUUGCGUUACAUCUGGGGCGGCUUCACGUACCUGCAGGACGUGAUUGAACACGGGAUCAUCAGAGCUCUGACCGGUAGCAAGGAGAAAACUGGAGUCUACAUCCAGCAGAUGCCGUAUCCCUGCUAUGUGGAUGACAUUUUCCUGCGGGUCAUGAGCCGCUCCAUGCCGCUCUUCAUGACUCUGGCCUGGAUGUACUCGGUGGCCAUCAUCAUCAAGGGUGUGGUUUACGAAAAAGAGGCCCGACUCAAGGAGACCAUGCGGAUCAUGGGUCUGGAUAACGGCAUCUUAUGGCUGAGCUGGUUCAUCAGCAGCCUGAUACCACUGCUCAUCAGCGCCGCCCUGCUGGUGCUCAUCCUGAAGAUGGGGAAUCUCCUGCCGUACAGCGACCCCGGCGUCAUCUACUUGUUCUUGUCCUCUUUUGCGGUUGUGACCAUCAUGCAGUGUUUCCUGAUCAGCACACUCUUCUCUCGAGCCAAUCUCGCCGCCGCAUGUGGAGGCAUCAUUUACUUCACGCUUUAUCUGCCCUAUGUGCUCUGCGUCGCCUGGCAGAACUACGUGGGCUUCGGUGCCAAAGUAGUAGUGAGUCUGCUGUCUCCGGUAGCUUUCGGCUUCGGCUGUGAGUAUUUCGCUCUGUUUGAGGAGCAGGGUGUGGGCAUCCAGUGGAGUAAUCUGCUGUCCAGCCCCAUGCAGGAGGACAGCUACAACCUCACCACCUCCAUCUGCCUCAUGCUCUUCGAUUCGGUGCUCUACGCCGUCAUGACCUGGUACAUCGAGGCCGUCUUUCCAGGUCAGUAUGGCAUCCCUCGACCCUGGUACUUCCCUUUCACCAAGUCAUACUGGUGCGGAGAGAAAUGCGGAUGGACAACAUCACUGCCAAGCAACAGGAAAGAAAACGCAGAAGCUGUGUGUAUUGAGGAAGAGCCAGCUCAUAUAGAUCCUGGUGUUUACAUCGAGAACCUGAUGAAGAUCUACAGCAAUGGUAAAGUGGCAGUAGACGGUUUGACUCUGGGCUUCUACGAGGGUCAGAUCACCUCCUUCCUCGGCCACAAUGGCGCUGGAAAAACCACAACCAUGUCAAUCCUCACCGGCCUGUUUCCACCAACCUCUGGAACUGCUUAUAUCCAGGGCAAAGACAUCCGCACAGACCUGAAUGCCAUUCGCCAAAACCUGGGCGUCUGUCCUCAGCAUAACGUCCUAUUCAGCAUGCUGACCGUGGAGGAGCACAUCUGGUUUUAUGCACGUCUGAAGGGUUUGUCUGAGGAGAAAGUGAAGUCGGAAAUGGAGCAGAUCGUGAAUGACCUCGGCCUUCCUCAUAAGCGCACAUCUCGCUCCAACCAGCUCUCAGGAGGAAUGCAGAGAAAGUUAUCAGUCGCGCUGGCCUUCGUCGGAGGCUCAAAAGUGGUGAUUCUGGAUGAACCGACUGCUGGAGUCGAUCCUUACGCCCGCCGUGGCAUCUGGGACCUGCUGCUGAAAUACCGCCAAGGUCGCACCAUCAUCCUGUCCACACACCACAUGGAUGAGGCCGAUAUACUGGGCGACCGCAUCGCCAUCAUCUCUCAUGGCAAGCUGUGCUGCGUGGGCUCGUCUCUGUUCCUCAAGACUCAGCUGGGCACGGGCUACUACCUGACGCUGGUCAAGAAAGACUUCGAUCUGUCCGCCAGCUCCUGCCGCACCUCCAGCAGCACCGUCUCCUACUCCAAAGGAAGCCUCAAGAAGGAUGACAGCGUAUCUGAGAGCAGUUCUGAUGCUGGACUGGGCAGCGACCAUGAAAGUGAAACCACCACCAUCGACAUCUCCUUGAUCUCCAAUGUGAUCUUCAAGCAUGUUCCUACAGCCAGACUGGUGGAGGAUCUCGGUCAUGAAAUUACAUACGUUCUGCCGUACGAAUCUGCCAAAGCCGGAGCCUUUGUGGAGCUUUUCCAUGAGAUUGACGACCGACUCACAGACCUCAGCAUCUCCAGCUACGGCAUCUCCGACACCACUCUCGAAGAGAUUUUCCUGAAAGUGGCCGAAGACUGUGGUGUGGAUGCUGAAACGUCAGAUGGGACUUUGCCUGCACGCAGGAACCGCAGACAUGCAUUCGGGGAUCAUCAGAGCUGCUUGAAGCCUUUCACUGAAGACGACUUUGAUUUCAACGAUUCUGAAGGUGAUCCAGAGUCUCGUGAGACGGACUGGUUGGACGGUGCUGACGGUAAAGGCUCAUAUCAGGUGAAGGGCUGGAGUCUGAAGAGGCAGCAGUUUGUGGCUUUACUCUGGAAGCGUUUACUGUACGCCCGACGCUCACGCAAAGGUUUCUUUGCUCAGAUUGUGCUUCCCGCUGUGUUCGUGUGCAUCGCUCUGGUCUUCAGCCUCAUCGUUCCUCCUUUCGGGAAAUAUCCCAGCCUCGCUCUAGAGCCCAGCAUGUAUGAGGAGCAGUUCACCUUUAUCAGUAAUGACGCACCGGAGGACAGACAAACAAACAGGCUGCUUGAUGCUCUGAAGGACAGUCCGGCUUAUACUGACCAGUGCUCAGAUGAGAAAAACUCUGCUAGCAGCUCGUGUCCGAUUAAAGAUGGAAAAUGGCUUGUUCCAGAGGUUACCGAGAGCAUUGAGUCAAUAUUCCUGAACGGGAACUGGAGUAUGGAAAACCCUUCUCCUCUGUGUGAGUGCAGCUGUGAAGGACGGAAAAAGAUGCUUCCGGAGUGUCCGCCUGGAGCAGGAGGCCUUCCACCACCUCAGAUUAAAGUCACUCAUGAUGAAACCCUGCAGAAUCUGUCUGGCAGAAACAUUUCAGACUAUUUGGUGAAAACAUACGCACAGAUUAUCGGGAAAAGCUUGAAGAACAAGCUCUGGGUCAACGAAUUCAGAUAUGGUGGCUUCUCAUUGGGUGCACGAAACACACAGGCCCUCCCACCUGGUGAUGAGCUUACUGAUGCCAUCUCUCACAUCCGCAGCCGUUUCAGUCUUGAGAGGGGCACCGCAGCCGACCGCUUUAUGGGAAGCCUGUCAACUUUUAUCCGAGGUCUGGAUACCAAGAACAAUGUAAAGAUCUGGUUCAAUAAUAAAGGCUGGCACAGUAUCGGAGCGUUCCUUAACGUCAUGAAUAACGCUGUCCUGCGUGCUAAUCUUCCUCCCGGCCUGGAUCGCUCCAAAUUCGGCAUCAACGCAUUCAACCAUCCGCUAAACCUCACCAAGGAGCAGCUCUCACAUGUGGCGCUAAUGACGACCUCGGUGGACGUGCUGGUGUCCAUCUGCGUCAUCUUCGCCAUGUCCUUCGUUCCAGCCAGUUUUGUGGUGUUUCUCAUCCAGGAGAGAGUGAAUAAAGCCAAACACAUGCAGUUCAUCAGCGGAGUGCAGCCGUUUCUCUACUGGCUGGCCAACUUUGUCUGGGAUAUGUGCAACUACAUUGUCCCAGCGACUCUAGUGAUCAUCAUCUUCGUCUGUUUUCAACAAGAGGCAUAUGUGUCCUCCACAAACCUGCCGGUUCUUGCUCUUCUGCUGCUUCUGUAUGGGUGGUCUAUAACGCCCCUGAUGUACCCAGCAUCAUUCUUCUUUAAGAUCCCAAGUACAGCAUAUGUGGUUCUGACCAGCGUGAACAUCCUUAUCGGGAUAAAUGGCAGCGUGUCCACAUUCGUCCUGGAGCUUUUCGGCAGCAAUGAGAUCGGCGGCAUCAAUGACAUCUUGAAGAACGUGUUUCUGAUCUUCCCACACUUCUGUCUGGGCCGAGGACUCAUUGACAUGGUGAAGAACCAAGCUAUGGCUGACGCGCUGGAGAGAUUCGGAGAGAAUCGUUUCCGCUCUCCUCUGGCGUGGGACAUGGUGGGCAAGAAUCUGUUCGCCAUGGCCAUCGAGGGUGUGAUUUUCUUCAGCAUCACCGUCCUCAUUCAGUACCGCUUCUGUAUCAAGGCCAGGUCAGUUAGCACUAAGCUGAAGCCAAUCGGAGAGGAGGAUGAGGACGUGGCCCGAGAGAGGCAGAGGAUUCUGGGAGGAGGAGGACAGACUGAUAUCCUGGAGCUCAGACAACUCACCAAGGUGUAUAAGAGGAAGCAGAAGCCAGCUGUAGACAGACUGUGUGUGGGAAUCCCACCUGGAGAGUGCUUUGGGUUGCUGGGUGUGAAUGGAGCCGGAAAGACGAGCACCUUCAAGAUGCUGACCGGAGACUCUGUGGUCACCAGCGGAGAGGCCUACUUAGCAGGAAACAGCGUGCUGACGGAGAUUGAUGAAGUGCAUCAGAAUAUGGGCUACUGUCCGCAGUUUGAUGCCAUCAAUGACCUGCUGACGGGCAGAGAGCAUCUGGAGUUUUAUGCCAUCCUGCGUGGCGUCCCUGAGAAAGAAGUGUGCAAGGUCGCAGAUUGGGGCAUUCGCAAACUGGGCCUGAUGAAGUAUGUGGAUAAAGCAGCAGGAAGCUACAGCGGAGGAAACAUGAGGAAGCUUUCCACCGCUAUGGCGCUCAUUGGAGGACCGCCGGUGGUGUUCUUGGACGAACCCACCACUGGGAUGGACCCCAAAGCACGGCGGGCCCUGUGGAACUGCAUCCUCAGCAUCAUUAAAGAGGGACGCUCCGUCGUGCUGACCUCACACAGUAUGGAGGAGUGUGAAGCUCUCUGCACUCGAAUGGCCAUCAUGGUGAACGGCAGGUUCCGCUGUCUGGGCAGUGUGCAGCAUUUAAAGAACAAGUUUGGUGACGGGUACACCAUCAUCCUGCGGGUGGCGGGGGCCGAUCCGCAGCUGGAGCCGGUGAUGGAGUUCAUUGAGCGGGAGCUGCCGGGCAGUACGCUGAAGGAGAAGCACAGAAACAUGCUGCAGUACCAGCUGUCCUCGUCCCUGACCUCCCUCGCUCGCAUUUUCAACAUCCUCUCCAAGAACAAAGUACAGCUCCGCAUCGAGGACUACUCUGUCUCACAGACUACUUUAGACCAAGUUUUUGUCAAUUUUGCCAAGGACCAAAGUGACGAGGACCACUUAAAAGACAUUUCCAUGAACAAAAACGAUGCCGUUGUGGACAUUUCGAAACUGAACGCCUUCCUCACAGACGAGAAGGCCAAAGAGACAGUGGUGUGAUCCGGUUACAAAAACCUUCACGGGACUAGUGUGUCAUUUUUUGUACUACUUUUUAGUUUUUUGUUGUAUUUCAGCAGUGUGUUUGUGUGCUCGGAAAUGGGCGCUGGACCUAAAACACACACUGAAACAAACCAAUGCAAAUCAAUGCAAAAAGAGAAGAAGAUUGGAGUAAAACACUGAGGAAAGUCGAGCCUGGUGCUCAUCACUCCCUCAUGGUGAACUCAAUGAAACUUGAAGCUUUUCGCUCCACAAUCGGUGAAUGUUCAAUCGACGAAAGACGUCCGCGGAGUUUCCAUCGAGAAUCAACGAAACACUGCCAAUGAGAUCCAGUUCAGGGCCGAAGUUCAUCUCCUCAUCUAACGCAGGCUUCACAAAAACUUUGCAUUUCAGCAAUUAUUCUUCUACGUUAUUUUUUUUAGAUAUAUGCAUUUUGAAUCUAUACUCAAGUGAUUUGUUUUCCGAUGUGCAAUGUUUCACUAUUGUUGUCAAGUGUUUUGAAAGUGUGGUGCCUUGAAACAACACUCCGCUAAUGGACAGCAGCCGUGGAGCGCGCACUCUCAGUGGAGUUUUGGGUCUUUUAAUUAACGUCUACUGUGACGACAGAGCGGACGGCUUUUGGAGUUUUUGCAUGCUUUACAUGGAUGCCGUGUUUAGGACGCCAUCGUAAGCUCAAGCAUGUUGUAGCUUCAUUACACUGAAGUAUUUUCGCGUGGGUAUCAACGGAUGGUCGCUGACUUUCGGCGGGAAUUGUUUUAUUCAUGUGCGAAAGAGACAGAAGUUCAUAUCGUGAAUCUGUUCAGAAGCAAUUCAAGUGUCCGUGCCAAAACCAGGUCAAGUGGUUCAAUAUUUUAGCGAAAUGAUCAUAUUAUCGAGCAGUGUUGAAUAUUUUUUGUUGUCGUGAACUAAAACAAGAGUUUCAUUGUACAGUAAGGCCUGGAGAGACAUCCGCAGGCCUCUGAUACAGAUUUAAAGGGACAGUACACUAAAAAAAAAGUUAAUUCUGCCGUUGUUUACUUUCUGUUGACGAUUUUUUGAAGAAUGUCACUCAUUAACUUCCAUAGUAAUUGUAACUGCGUCUAAUUCGAUUGUUGGUUCUGGCCACCCAGGUCAAGUGUCUAAGGUGAUUCGAAACACCCAGGUCAAGUGUCUAAGGUGAUUCGAAACACCCAGGUCAAGUGUCUAAGGUGAUUCGAAACACCCAGGUCAAGUGUCUAAGCUGAUUCAAAACACCCAGGUCACGUGUCUAAGGCGAUUCGAAACACCCAGGUCACGUGUCUAAGCUGAUUCAAAACACCCAGGUCACGUGUCUAAGGCGAUUCGAAACACCCAGGUCACGUGUCUAAGGUGAUUUGAAACACCCAGGUCACAUGACUAAGGUGAUUUGAAACACACAGGUCUUGUGAGUAACGUGAUUUGAAACACCCAGGUCACAUGACUAAGGUGAAUCGAAACACAGGUCACGUGACUAAGGUGAUUCGAAACACACAGGUCACGUGACUAUAUCGAUUUAAAGCAUAGGUCAUUCCAAAAGCGUUUCAAGACCCGUGUCUUGGGUUGGAAAAAACCUCAUGUAUCCUAGCCCUAGUGGACCAUGCGUGUGCACAGAGUAACUGUGCUGCAAAUGUCUUGAGUUUGCAUGUAUUUUAAUAAUGUUACUUUUUUAUGACCAAAACAAGUCACAAAGUAUUCAUUCGGAUGUCAGACCAAUGUUACAAAACACGUUACACAAAUUCAAAAAUUAAUAUCUAUAGCUGCAUCACCCUGGAUUCGACAUGCUAGUCUGGAACGCUCAUCGCUUCACAAGAUUACUUGAAACCUUAACUCUACAAAGUGGGGUAUAAUAGUAUAAUCAAUUUGCUCAACUGUUUCUUUGCUGAAGCUGUUCCAGAGCAAUACAUAUAAAUGACCACUAGGUGUCACUGCAGAGAUGGGUUUCGAAACGUUUUGAAGCUUCGACAGAUUUGCUUCUUCAGAGUUUCAUGAAGCCUCGCUUUGCUCACCACUGAUCAAAAUAAACAUAUUCAAGUCCAUCACGGUCAAAAAGUUUGUUUGACCUUCUUCUACGCCCCGCAGAUCAUCCCUAGGAGAGCAUAACUACAUUAUACACCCUCUAGUGGUGUGAAAGAAAAUUACAAGCAAAAAAUAGCUCCUACAGUAAUAUUUUUUUCUACUAUGGUAGUCAAUAGAUGACAAAGACCAGCACUCUUCAAAAAAUCUUCUUUAAUUUUCAACAGAAUAAAGAAACCACUUGACGGAGAGUAAAUGAUGUGGUAAUUUUCUUUUUUUGUGUGUGAACUCUCCUUUUAGUAACUCAGGAUGUGCCUCUUUAUCCUGUGUAAACGGUUCGUUUAGGUUUAUUUGACCACUUUUACCAUCGUGACCAGUGCUCUCUACAGUACCGUUGUUGAUCGCCUACAGCGAGAAGUGACCAAACGCAAUGAGGUGCUACUGAUUGAGUAGAUUUUCCAAAUCUUUGAGGUGCUGUUUAGUCAAACACCUUCAGAAAUUAGACAGCAAUCCCUUAUGCACAUUUAACGACGUGGAAGAAGAAAUGAAGAAGAAAUAUAACUAGUAUUGUCUUUGGUCCAAACCUGAAGCACUUUAUAGCAAUGUUAAACUGCUCUUGACGGUCAUCAUUCACAAACGGGAUGUUUCGUGUUUAAUGAAAGAUUAAUAGGCUAUUUUAAAAUGUCCCGCCAUGGCCAUUAUUUUCUGUGUUACAAUGUAUGUGUUUACAUUUGAAAUAUUAAAAACUAUUUCAGUCA